GGCUCCCCAUCUCUGGUGUGAAACGUUGUCUCAGGCGACCACCCGCCACCUCCCAAGAGCAGGAGAUCGGCUCAACGGAGGGGAGGGGUCAGGACACUCCAGAGCCCCCUCUGCAAAGAAGGGGGCACUCUCCCCAGUGCCCGGCGCUAAGACCCAGCAGGCCCGCCCGCCCCGCGCCUGCCCGUCCGCCCCCGGGGCCGGGCCGCCCUUGGAGCUGGGCAGAAGCUCCGGGCGCGGUGGGGGCAUGGCUCAGGCGGCGUGGGGGCUGCUGUGGCUGCUGUUGGGCAGCGCCGGGGCGCAGUACGAGAAGUACAGCUUCCGCGGCUUCCCGCCCGAGGACCUGAUGCCGCUGGCCGCGGCCUACGGGCACGCGCUGGAGCAGUACGAGGGCGAGAGCUGGCGCGAGAGCGCGCGCUACCUGGAGGCGGCGUUGCGGCUGCACCGGCUGCUGCGCGACAGCGAGGCCUUCUGCCACGCCAACUGCAGCGGCACCGCGGCCACCCGGCCUCCGCCGCCCGAGCCCGACGCCACCGGCGCCCACGACGACUGGGCGCGCGAGCUGCGCCUCUUCGGGCACGUCCUGGAGCGCGCCGCCUGCCUGCGGCGCUGCAAGCGGACGCUGCCCGCCUUCCAGAUGCCCUACCCGCCGCGCCAGCUGCUGCGCGACUUCCAGAGCCGCCUGCCCUACCAGUACCUGCACUACGCGCUCUUCAAGGCCAACCGGCUGGAAAAGGCCGUGGCCGCCGCCUACACUUUUCUCCAGAGGAACCCGAAGCACGAGUUGACCGCCAAAUACCUCAACUACUACCGGGGCAUGCUGGACGUGCCAGACGAGGCCCUCACCGACCUAGAGGCCCAGCCCUAUGAGGCCGUGUUCCUGCGGGCCGUGAAGCUCUACAACAGCGGCGACUUCCGGGGCAGCACGGAGGACAUGGAGCGGGCCCUGGCCGAGUACCUGACCGUAUUUGCCCGCUGCCUGGCCGGCUGCGAGGGGGCCCAUGAGCAAGUGGACUUCAAGGACUUCUACCCAGCCAUCGCAGACCUCUUUGCAGAGUCCUUGCAGUGCAAGGUGGACUGUGAGACCAACUUGACCCCCAAUGUGGGCGGCUACUUCGUGGACAAGUUUGUGGCCACCAUGUAUCACUACCUGCAGUUUGCCUACUAUAAGUUGAACGACGUGCGCCAAGCCGCCCGCAGCGCCGCCAGCUACAUGCUCUUCGAUCCCGGGGACAGCGUCAUGCAGCAGAACCUGGUAUAUUACCGCUUCCACCGUGCGCGCUGGGGCUUGGAGGAGGACGACUUCCGGCCACGUGAGGAAGCUGUGCUCUACUACAACCAGACCUCGGAGCUGCGGGAGCUGCUGGAGUUCACACACAUGUACCUGCAGGCAGACGACGAGAUGGAGCUGGAAGAGCCAGGGCCAUCUCCUGAGGCCGAGGAGCCCCCGUCUGAUGCUGAGUUUGAAGGGGAAGGUGACUAUGAGGAGGGCCUGUACGCCGACUGGUGGCAGGAGCCGGACGCCAAGGGGGAUGAGGCUGAGGCUGAGCCAGAGCCGGAACUAGCCUGAGAAGGACCCCACUUCCCACUGCACCCAAGAUCUUGGGAAGCUUGGGCUCAGCGGCCCCGCCCUCGCCAACCUGGGCAGCAGACAGGAAUAUUUAUUACAAACCUCAAAGGGACGUGGCUGAUCCCGGCCCACCUGUGAGUGUGGCUCCACUCAGGCUGUGUCCUGCCUCGUUGGCGGUGCUGCAGGACACUACGCAGGCUGGAGGGGCUCUGCUCCUCCUCGGAUGGACACUCUCCUGCAGGCGAGGGAUGCAGCCACUGGCUGGAAGCUCAGCGGGAAUUGCAAGGGGACAGGCACACUUGGAGAGCACCACGCCGGAAGUCCAGGGGUCGGGACGCACAGACAGUGGUGCUCAAUAAAGUCUAUUGUCGG